GGAGGAGUAUCAUCGACCAGGUGGAAAGGAGCGGCUGGCCAAGCAGCUUGAGCACGCCGUCCACCACGUUGGCUUCUUUUAUGUCAAAAAUUUCGGCUUGACGCAAGAGCAGGUAGACCAGCAGUUUACUCUCGCGCAAAAUUUCUUCGAAUUACCUACCAAGGAAAAGGAACUGUACGAGGUAAACUAUGGCGCUGCGGACUACAAUGGCUGGAGACGACCAGGACGAUAUGUGCAGGGCAACUCAAAAGAUAAUAUUGAGAUGUACAACUUUGCCAAGUUUACAAAGGAUUUUGAGGGGAAAUAUAAUCACCCCGACCUAAUCAAGGCCCAUCUGAUCGAGAUUGAACAAUUCCACCGUGCUUUACAUUCGAACGUUGUCUUGCCUCUUUUACGACUCUUCGCUAUCAUUCUACAACUUCCAGAUGAGGAAUACCUAGUCAAGCAGCACACGUAUGAGGAGAAAAGCGAGGACCACUUCCGGUAUAUGCUGUAUCAUCCGCGGACCAACGAGGAAUGGGAGGCUAGCAACUAUGGAAAAGGUGGCGGACAUACAGAUCUUGGUACGGUCACACUGCUGUUUCGUCAGCCCGUGGCAGGUUUACAGAUCCUGGGUGAAGACAACAACUGGACAUACGUCUCGGCUCAACCAGGUACUAUCACUGUCAAUCUUGCAGAUACCAUUUCGCAUUUGACUGGCGGUUGGUUGAAGAGUUCCGUACACCGUGUUGUUGCACCGCCUGAAGACCAACUUCAGUAUAAACGAACCGGAUUACUAUACUUUGCGCGACCACAUAAUAAAACUGUAUUGACCCCUAUCACAGACUCUCCAGUACUACAAAGGGAAGGGGUGAAUCCUAGGUUUGAUAAACUAGUCACAAUGGAGGAAUGGGUAAGAGCAAAACAAACUCUGCAACUCAAUCCGGAAAUUGCGAAGAAGCGCUACGCCGAGAAAGGAGAUGGAACUGUGGAAGUCCUCGCUGGUUUCCAUGAUCGAAAAUACAAAGAGUAGACUAUAGCUUUUCACUUACGAAUUUGGUAUAAUAACUCUGCUUAUU